AUGUCCUGUUGCCAGCCCCUCAGCACCUGGUGCUGGUCAGACAACUCGACGUUUGGUAUUUGUUCGCUGCUGUGCAUCCUCAAAGACUACCCCCACUUGGCAGUGGUCAGCUCGCAGCGGCCCACAGCAGCGCUUCGCCUAAUGAAGCAUUUGAAGGUGAAUGCCCUCCGAAGAUUCUUGACGGUGGCCCCCAUGGCACCCGUGAAAUCGGCCUGGUCUUCCUUGCUUUUUGGCCUCUCGAGCGAGUGCUUGUGUCGUGCAUUGCCCAGUCUUCUGAAUGAAGUGGAGGUGCACCUCACCUUGGCGGCUGUCAUGAAUCUUCUUGAGCCAGGCAACCUGCUUCAGAUGCUGAGUCGGGUGCCUCCCACCCACUUGCUGUCAGUGUGUCGAGCAUCUCCUGACACCAUGGUGGAACUGCUGAGCCAUGUGGCACCAAACAAGGUCAGGGAGACCAUUCUCUUCUUGCUUUUGGAGCCACAGGAAGUCAUUGAUCAUGGGCUGCUACCACUCCUACUCCGAGUCCGCCACCCCAAGCGCUUGGCGCUCGUCAUCAAUGCGGUGGAGAAGGAGGUGCUUUUGCAUCUUCUCCGUCAUGUACCUGGAGAACAGCUGGCCACCUUGGUGAACGUCUUCGAAGAUGACGAAGGAUUUGAGCCUGAUGGCCCGGUAGUUCAGCUGCUACAGGAAGCCUCCAGAGAUUACAAACUCUUACAAGAGAAGGUGACGCCCUUGAUCCGGCUCAUGGAGGCCAACAAGACCGCCUCCGUGGUGUCCGGCGUUCAGCCCUCCAAGCUUUUGGACGUGCUCCGACAAGUGGACUGCAAUUCUGUGCUGACCUUGAUGGCCAAUGCCAACGAAAACUUUGUGGUGAACAUCUUGGCCGGCCCUUUGGACGGGAUCGCCGCCAAAACGGCGCCCGGAGUCGCAGAAGUGAUGAACGAAUUCAAUGCCCUGCUGUCCGUGGUCGUGGACUCCGCCGACCAGGCCUACGAGCUGGUGAAGUCUGCCUCCUCUGAGGCGGAGGUGGUCAGCCACCCGGACGGGGAGGAGGGAAGUCGCGAGGUGGGUGAUUCUUGGGGAAAAGCACUGAGGAGGUGCUGGGCCCACGAAGCCCAUCGGGUCUUCUACGACCGCCUCGUGACCAAAGAUGAUCAGCAGUGGUUCCAAGCCAAGAUCAGUGAGAUUCUGAAGGACCCGGAUUUCUGGAUGUCAACUGGCUCUUCAGAGAUGCUUGCGGAAACGCCAUUGGAUCAUUGGCCAUUGGAUGUGGCAUUAAGAUACCCGGUCUCAUUCCAAUUGGCCCAGGAGAACUUCAAAAAGGAUUGGAAGGGCUUGGUGAAGGUGGAGCCUCUGAUUUGGUGUGACUUUUUGGAUCCCAAGGCCAACUACUACCAGCAAGUGGAGGAUCCUCCUCAGCUUGUAGAGGCACAUCGGAUGGUCACGAGGUUCCGGCUCUUGACUCGUCAUGGCUCUUCGCGAUUUCGCCAUCCAAACCAGGUGCUGAACAACUUCUUAGUGGAGUACAACACGAUGGCCAAGCGAGGGAUGGAUUUGGUGCUCUUCAUGGCGGCUGCGCAGCAUGUGAGUCAAGUGGUUUGGAGCCCCAGUGGUCGUGCAGCCGAGCUGUGA